UCUGGUUUUGGAGAUUGGGACUAUCAAAAUCCGGUUUUUUGAGGGAAAUCCUUGGUGGGUUUUGGUUGGUGGCUUGUUUGAGGUAAUGGGUCUGCUCCAAAACUGAGUCUUUGCAGAUGGGUUUUGAUGAUCCUUCUCUGUCUUCUUCUGUUUUGUGGUAUCGGUAGAAGAGUUUGUGGGAUUUCUAUGGCUAAGUUCUAGUUCAAAGUAAUAUCAGAAAAUAACUAGGGUUGCCAAUCCAGUUUCCAUUCACUUAAUCUCCUACUUAUUUGAUGGCUGAGGAGAAUAUUAGUUCACUACUGAUGCCAGAAGAUAGUCCACUCGAUGGAGACAAUUCAAGAAGAAACUCCAUAGGAAAUGCAGGUUCUUCAAAAAAUAGAGAGAAAAUUUUACCCCGUUAUUUAAGGGCUUCUACAGGUUCCUGUCAUGAUCUGUGCAAGUAUGGGAAGAAACAUGAAUUUGAAGAGAAGUCUAGACAUCCCAUUUCUAAAAGAACUAUGAAAAAGGCAUCUGGUGAGCAAAAUUCAGCUAAGAGCUUCGACUGCCUCCCACAGGUGAAACCUUCUCCCAAUUCCAGAAGCCAUACUCCUGAUUCCUCUGACAGUGUCAAGACGCAAGUAUCCCCAAAAUAUCCUGGCAGCAGAAAACCCCAAAAACAUGGAGCUUCAACUGACAAGAAGACAUCAGUGGUAAACCUUGGACCUUCAUCCAAUUCAAAAUCUUGUUUAUCUGAUCCCCUAAGAUUCAAAAGGCAGGUAGAGUCACAAUCUUCGGAAAAUGUAAUGGUCUCUUUAAAGGAAGCUUCAUCCAAAGCCAAAGGAACAAGUGGGUCCCUGAAGCAUGCUACUUCUUGGAAGCUGAAAUCUCUGGCAGAGAAGAUGCCAUCUUCUCCUUCCCAUUCAGGUGGUUCAUAUGUCAGAAGACUUAGUGGAAUCAGUAAUGUGAAGUCAAAUACAAGGACGGUGACCUCCAGAGUAGCAGUGAAGAAUUCUCUAGCUUCACCAAGAGCUUCAUUGUCCCCAAUAUCUAUCAGUAGAAAUUCAAGCCUAGCUGCAAAGCAAAGUAGGAGCUUGAAAGACAUGUCUUCUUUGAAGAAACGCAACAAGGUCAAAAAAGCUGAGCCUGAGCAACCUCACAAUGAACUUAUGGAAAGCCACAAUGAUUUGCACCAGGAAAAGACCUUGUAUGUAAUCAAGAUGGAGAUGGAGAAUCAAGUCUUUGAAUCUGAUAAUAAUGAAAGUUGUGUCAUUGAAUCAUCUCCACUUUCUCCGUCUCCCAAGUUAUCAUCCCUCCCAGCCUUUCCAUGUUCAUCAUCAUCUCAUGAUGGAGGUAAUCAAGAGGGAUAUGAGUGGACAGAGUCUGAAGAAGAGAAUGACGGCUCCUCUGAAUACAAUGAAACAGAAACCUUGGUUGGUGACCAUCAAAAAAAUGAAAACUUAGAUGGAGAAAAAGGAAGGAGGCUCAUGAUGGGUGGGAUGGUUUGCUCUGCUAACAAAGAUUCUAAACCUGUCAAAUUACAUUUUAGGAGAGGAAAAGUGGUUGACAUUCAGACUGGACUCAAUAGUCCAAGGAGACUGAAGUUUAGGCAAGGGAGAGUGCUGGAUGAGCACCAAAGUCCUAAGGCGGUAGGCCAAAGAAGCUUUAAGAUGAGAGGAGUUGAUGGAGAGGCAACCAACAGGAAGCCUGGUGAAGAAAAAGUUGUUUUGAAGCAUCGAGUCCAAGAUGUGCAGGGGAAGAAAGACGCCCAAGGUUUAUUUAAUUUUGUCAUCGAAGAAACAGCCAGUAAACUUGUUGAAACUCGAAAAAGCAAGGUCAAGGCAUUGGUUGGAGCUUUUGAAACAGUGAUUUCCCUCCAGGAGAAAAAACCUGCUGCAAAAGACUUCUGCUUGAGUUAGAAAAGAACUUCUAUAUAACAAUUGGUUUGUCAUAGAAUGGUAGGAAAAAAACCUAAGCUUGAGAGAGGUGAUGCCAAGCUUAUGGAGCUUUGGAAAUGGAUUUUAGAUUACACCAAUAUGACUUUUAGAGAACCUGGAUGUAGAGUUGAAUGUUUGAUUGCAUGUGCACUGAUUUUAACGAGCUUCUCACACAGUUUUAAGGAGGGUAUGCGUCUUUCUCUUUAUGAGCUUCACACACUAGCAUGAUCAAUUUCUUUUCAUGUGAAUAAAACAUUAUACUUAUG